GGAUGCGGCAUAUUCAAACACCGUAUGUUACGUAUAAUUGUUGACGAAUAUCCCCCAAAUACACGACCUUGUUUAUUCAUGUGAAUGCUUCAUCCUUCCAGGAUUCGCUUUGUCAAUGCCAAAACAAAACCUUACUGUCUCAGUAUUGUUCAAAAGUAUGAUUAUGAAAACUAUCUGUGUUCACUGUUGCUACCUGGUUCAAGACGUAACUUUGCUUUGGCCUUAAGAGCUUUCAACGUGGAACUGGCUCAAAUAUGUGACCGAUCGGAAAAUCUGGCACAAGCUAAAUACCGGUUCCAGUUUUGGAGGGAGAUUAUAGAACAUCUAUUUGAUAGCUCCAAUGAUUCGUCACCACACCACACUCCUCUCGAACGGGAGCUCAAAGAAUCAGUUUCAGGUCUGGUAUUAUCAAAACAACGCUUCUAUCAGCUCAUCAAUUCAAGGGAACGGCACUUCAAUAAUGUUUUCUUUCCUACUUGCAAAGCAGCUGAAGCGUAUUUUGAUGAUGUCUAUGUCCCGAUUCAUUGUCUACUAUCUGAGGCUUACGGAUUUGAAAUGACUUCAUUAAACCCAUUACUAAAUCACUUUGGACGAGCUCAGGGGAUGGUGAAUAUGUUACGUAGUUCAGUUUUAUUAGCUCAACAUAAGAAUGUUCUACUAUUUCCUUUGGAUUUAAUAAAUCAACAUAACUUAACUCAAGAACAUGUACUUCGUUUUCUACGUAAUGAUCCUUCGAUGACCGGUACAGCUGAUAAACCUAUAAAAAAAUUAACAUGUGACAUUGCUUCUUUGGGUCAUUAUCAUGCCAAACGUGUUUCCCAUUUGAGCUCGGAAUUAAUAAUGAAGUCAUUCUCAACAACAACGUUCAAUUCAGCAAAGUUGAAAGAAAAAGAUUUGCAACAAAAAGAUUUAAUACAAAAUGUUUUGCCCAAGCUUUUACUACCUCUACUCUCUAUAAAUAAAUAUUUGGAUUUCUUAGGUUAUUCAGCAGAUUUCGAUUUACGCUUUAAUUCCAAAUACAAUAAUGAUUUAUUACCGCUACAAUUAUGUUGGAAUGCUUGGUGGAAUAAAAUACCGAGGGAACCGAAAGCCUAAUUCUCACUUCUAAUUUAUUUCUCACGUAUCUCAAUGCAUAUAAAUAUGAAAAAGACUGUUUAACCUUAUGGCAUUAGAUAGGCUGAGUCGGAAAUAUUGUAAAGAUUUUUGUUUGUAUUUCCUUGCCCAGUAUUUCCAGUUUACAUUUUGUAAGAAGAAUUAUACAGAAGCCCUGCUAUUUAUUUUGUCUAUCUUCAUAACACUACUUAAUUUGAUAAUAAGUAAACAAUCUGGGUUUUCGAGAACUUCAUGUUAACAUUUGCAUCAGUAAUACAAAGUCCAAUAACAUUCAUUUACCAGAACACCUAGUUCUAUACAUUUGAUUUAUUUUUGCUGGUGUAUUUGACAAAAUUUGUCACGAUCGUACCCGAAACAUUAAGGAAAAUUAAAGUGCUUUUUAAAUAUUAA